AUAUUCAUAGUCAUCAUCAAUGUAAGCAAGCUCCUCCGUAUCGAGAUACAGGAACCGAUCCUCUGCAUCUCAUAGUUUGUUGACUUGGCCUGCCUGCCUUGACCUCAUUACUUUACCUCAUUCCUGAACUCUCCUCGCCUGCUAAUAAUACAGUCAGUAAGUACAUAGUAGUAAUGGCUUACCGAGAACAAUACGAUACGAUACAUUAAUACAAUAAUAAAUUCUAAGAUUCCCAAGGUCCUUACUAAUAACGCUUCUCUCUUGCUCUAUUGUUGGUUUCGGCUUUGGAUUCUUUCUACUUCUCCAUAUUCUUCUACUAUUUCCUACUCUAUUUUCUUCGCUCCCCAGCACUUUCCAGCACUUCCUUGACUUCAGAACGAUUGUCUACAGGGAUGAUUCGUCACUAAACUCGGCUCAUUCCUACCGUUCUAGUGUCAAAGUCCUCACGACGCAUACAGUAAUACCCGUACCACAGGCCUGAUAUAUCGCCAUGGUUGGUUGUAAUGAUAAGCUUGCCUUUCUGGAAAGAAUCACCCAAUCCAAUCCUAUCCAAUCCAGUCCAGUCCAGUCCAGUCCGAUUGACGAAUUAGAUAAAUAAGUAAAGAGACGACGAAAAGACCAAAAAAGAGAGAGAGAGAGAGAGAGAGGAUUAUAAAACAUUCUCACCCAACUACUCACUUCCAGCACUUUUGGUUAAACGAGCAAGGAAGAAGAAGAGACCGAGAAUAAAAAAAAAGGUUUACUCGGGAUUCAUUUUAUUACGAAAAGGAUCAACAAUAAGAAGAGGUCGAUCAAUGACAGUGCAAAGCAUACCUCUAUCGUCUAUACCCUUCAUACCUAUUCAUUCAUUUUGAAUAAUUAUUUGCCAUUUACCUAGGUAACCUUCGAAACUUGGUACGAGAAAUCACUUCUAGUCUCAUAUCAAACGCUAGCUAUCUGUUGGUUCCGCAAUCCAUUAUCAAACACGCCUAUGUGCGUUACCAUCUUGGCAUUGAAUUGACGACCCAAAAAUCUCCCGGAGUCCGGCCUAUUCAGUGACCAGAACCUCUUGACGAGAACAUUUCACCAUACGGUAAAAGACAAUUCUCGGGAUAAGGGACGAAUUCGUUCGGAUAGUCGAGAUACUGUGUAUCAAUUUCCUCGGCAGAUACAAAUUCUGCAAUUUGCGCAAAGAUGUUGACCUUCAGGAGAGCUUUAAUAGCUGCGGCUUUCUUCCUUACCAUGGUAUUUCUGGUAACGCGAACGCACAAUCAACCUGCAUCAAACGAUAUGUUAUUACAAGAUUCGAGUAUACCAAAAGCAGGAGAGAAAGAUGAAGCGGAUGUACAAACAAAGCCAGGCUCAUCAGCCUCGACGGAUGCGGUUCCAUCCACACCAAAAAAGAAUACUCAAGCUUCCCAAACACUAUUACAAGAUUUGUCAAGAGCACCUUUGAGAGAAAAGCUCGCAUAUCAAUUUCCGUACGACGUAGAGACGAAGUUUCCGGCAUACAUUUGGCAGACAUGGAAAUACACACCAGCAUCUGGAGAGUUUGGGGAAGCUUUUCGUCCUGCGGAAGCAAGUUGGUCAGAAAAGCACCCAGGAUUCGUACAUGAAGUCAUCACAGACGAAGUCGCAGUUCAUUUGUUAAAGCAUCUAUAUGCUUCUGUGCCAGAAGUUUUAGAGGCUUACAAUUCCUUACCUAUGCCUGUCUUGAAGGCCGAUUUCUUCCGUUACCUAAUUCUGCUGGCCAGAGGCGGAAUUUACUCAGAUAUUGAUACCCACGCAUUGAAACCUGCCCCGGAAUGGCUCCCUGAGAGUGUGCCACGCGAAGCUAUUGGAUUGGUAGUUGGCAUUGAGGCAGAUCCAGAUCGUCCCGAUUGGCAAGAAUGGUACUCUAGAAGAAUUCAGUUUUGCCAAUGGACAAUUCAAGCAAAACCUGGACAUCCUGUGCUCCGCGAAAUCGUUGCCAAUAUUACUCAACAAACUUUGGACAUGAAGAAACGUGGAACUCUCAAGAAAUUUGAUGAUAAGAAUGUUGUAACAUUCACCGGUCCAGCUUUGUGGACAGAUACUAUUUUCGACUUUUUGAACGAUGAAAAAUAUUUUGAUAUGACGACAAGCAAGGGAAACAUCACAUGGAGAGAUUUCACAGGCAUUGUAUCAGCAAAGAAGGUUGGUGAUGUGGUUGUUUUGCCUAUCACGAGCUUCAGUCCUGGAGUUGGACAAAUGAAUGCAAACGAUUAUGAUGAUCCUAUGGCUUUUGUGAAGCAUGACUUUGAAGGGUCUUGGAAACCUGAGAACGAACGACAUGUUGGAGAAAACUAAAUAAAUAUUCGCUUCCCGAUGUCAGAUACUUUUCCUUACAAAAGUUAUAUGAGCACAUAGCACUAGUCGAUUUCGAGCGAGCAUCAAAUGCAUGAGUGGCACACUGACGAGCACAAUGGGAGGCUUUUUAUUUUUAUAUUUUUCGUUUGAUGGGAAAACAUAGAAUGGUUGUCCUUACAAAAAAUACCUCUGCGUUUGCUUUUAUUCUAUUAGCAUGGAGUUUGAUUUGAGAUUUGGGAUAUUGGGAUAAAGUUUCAUUCUUGUUUGGAUGGUUGAAGAAGGAUUGAGGGGAAGGGAGGUGUAUGUAUGUGGAGGCAGGUCCCGAAUUUCCUAUGUUUGGCUGCAAUGUCAAAAGCAGAAGACAUGGAUUUUCAAGUGUUGAGAUUUGUGUAUUCUUGGAUUUUUGUACUUCUGGAUUUCCUUGGGAGGUGGAAUAGAUGGUGGAAUUGCUGAAGCGAUGCUGCGAUCUGCUUGGGAUACGGAUAAAAUAUCUUUAUGAGUACUCCCAAAGGAGGAGUCGGAGAUUGGUGAAGAGUCUACGGCGGUGGAGUUGUAUAUAUAGUUGUACUAUUGGUAUUGUGAAUAGGGAAAAGGAAUCAAUAAGUCGAGGACCAAGCAAUCAUCACAACAUGCCA